CUAAAAGUCCAGCGCGGCAACUGGCUUCCUCUAUAAAUACAUUUCCUACAUCUUUACUUUUCCUCACAAUCUAUCAAACAAUACUCUUGUGAUCAUAUCAUCCAUAACAAUCCCACAACUUCUUUCUCUGCCUCUUCUUCCAUCCUCCUUCACUUCCCCUCCGGUGGCAGACUUGCCGGUGAAAAUGGACGUUCGCCGGAGAUCUGAAGAGGCUGUUUACUCAUCAAAGGUCUUUGCCGCCGAUGAAAAACCUCUCAAGCCUCACAAGCAACAACAAGAAGAAGACAAUACCCUUCUCAUUGAUGCCUCUGAUGCCCUUCCGCUCCCUUUGUAUUUUACUAAUGGGUUGUUUUUCACCAUGUUUUUCUCUGUUAUGUAUUUUCUUCUUUCUAGGUGGCGUGAGAAAAUCAGGAAUUCUACUCCUCUCCAUGUUGUUACGCUUUCUGAAUUGGGUGCUAUUGUUUCGUUGAUCGCUUCUGUUAUUUAUCUUCUUGGGUUCUUUGGGAUUGGGUUUGUUCAGACAUUUGUGGCUAGGGGGAAUAAUGAUUCUUGGGAUGAGGAGGAUGAAAAUGAUGAGCAGUUUAUCUUGGAGGAAGAUAGUCGUCGUGGACCUUGCGCCGCUGCGACUACUCUUGGUUGUGCUGUCCCUACACCACCUGCUAAACAUAUUGCACCAAUAGUACCACAGCAACCUGCUGUAUCCAUUGCAGAGAAACCUGCACCGUUGGUUACACCAGCAGCAUCUGAGGAAGACGAAGAGAUAAUAAAAUCUGUGGUGCAAGGGAAAAUUCCAUCGUACUCUUUGGAAUCCAAACUCGGUGAUUGUAAGAGAGCUGCAUCGAUCAGGAAGGAGGUGUUGCAGAGGAUUACAGGGAAGUCUCUAGAAGGGCUACCAUUGGAUGGAUUUAACUAUGAAUCCAUUCUCGGGCAGUGCUGUGAGAUGACAAUUGGUUAUGUGCAGAUACCCGUGGGAAUAGCAGGGCCAUUGUUGCUUAAUGGGAGAGAGUAUUCAGUGCCGAUGGCAACCACAGAAGGAUGUUUAGUGGCUAGCACCAAUAGAGGUUGCAAGGCUAUCUAUGCUUCUGGUGGCGCCACCAGCAUUUUGCUCCGUGAUGGAAUGACCAGAGCACCCUGUGUCAGGUUCGGCACAGCCAAAAGGGCAGCAGAGUUGAAGUUCUUUGUUGAAGAUCCUAUCAACUUUGAGACACUUGCUAAUGUUUUCAACCAAUCAAGCAGAUUUGCCAGAUUACAAAGGAUUCAGUGUGCAAUUGCGGGAAAGAAUCUGCACAUGAGAUUUGUAUGUAGCACCGGUGAUGCAAUGGGAAUGAAUAUGGUGUCCAAAGGUGUACAAAAUGUUCUUGAUUACCUUCAGAAUGAAUACACUGACAUGGAUGUCAUCGGCAUAUCUGCGAACUUUUGCUCGGAUAAGAAGCCAGCAGCAGUUAAUUGGAUUGAGGGGAGAGGAAAGUCUGUAGUUUGUGAGGCAAUUAUCACGGAAGAGGUGGUGAAGAAAAUUCUGAAAACUGAGGUUGCUGCUCUUGUGGAGCUGAACAUGCUUAAAAAUCUUACUGGCUCUGCAUUGGCUGGUGCCCUUGGUGGUUUCAAUGCCCAUGCCAGCAAUAUUGUCUCAGCUGUGUAUAUAGCCACUGGUCAGGACCCAGCACAAAACAUAGAGAGUUCACACUGCAUCACUAUGAUGGAGGCUGUAAAUGAUGGCAAGGACCUCCAUAUUUCUGUUACAAUGCCUUCCAUUGAGGUUGGUACUGUUGGUGGUGGAACUCAGCUUGCAUCUCAGUCAGCUUGCUUAAACUUAUUGGGAGUGAAAGGUGCCAACAGAGAGGCACCAGGGUCAAAUGCAAGGCUUUUGGCCACAAUAGUAGCUGGUUCUGUUCUUGCCGGGGAGCUAUCCCUCAUGUCAGCUAUCUCAGCUGGGCAUCUGGUUAAUAGCCACAUGAAAUACAAUAGAUCUACCAAAGAUGUCACCAAGGCAUCCUCCUAAGCCGGGGAAUACAAUCCAUUCCCCACCUUGUAUUUGAAGCUGUACACAGAUGCUCCAGCAAGUAGCUUCCAUUUAAGAAUGAUCAGUAUUAGGAAUAAAUAAAUAUAUAAAGCAAAAUGAAAAAAGAAAACAAUAAAAAUAAAGAGAAGAGGGGUAGAGACAAGUUUGAACAACUGUUGGAAGCUGAAAAAAGGGAAGUCCUGGAGAAAGAUCAGAAGACAAAUACAUCCAACUUCUUUUUCUUUGUGAAGAUGGUAGGGUCUCUCAGUGAUCUUGAUGACAUCUGUUAGCUGCCAACACUUAGUAUCAUUCAAUGUGCCAAAUGAGAUACCCUUUUCGUUUCUUUUGUAUUGUUACUUUGUUUGUUAAUUGUCAUUUCUUUGUAAUUUCUGUUGGUGGGUUUGUCUGGAUCUGAUUGCAAAGAGUGUGUUCUUGUAUAUGAAAAUGAGUUCUUUUAUUCAAAUGAAUUGUUGCGUCUUUGUUGCCA